AUGGAUCUUUCCUGUUUUUGUACCAAACAAGAUCUCACCACUCAUCACAGAUCCGACAUAAUCUUAUCGCCAUCCGGACUGCCAAGAACUGAUCAGGGUCAUGAUCCUGAACCCCCAAAGAUCAAAACGAACCUCUCCCACGUAGUUUUCGGCAUUGGAGCCUCAGCCAAGCUCUGGGAUCAUAGGAAAAACUAUGUCAAGAUAUGGUGGAGACCAAACGAAACGCGUGGAUUUGUUUGGUUGGACAAGCGUGUCAAAACAGAAGCUGAUGAAAAAAAACUUCUACCGCCAUUGAAGUUCUCCAAUGACACCUCGAAGUUCACGUACAAAAACCCAGCAGGCCACAGAUCGGCGAUACGCAUAUCGCGCAUAGUUUCGGAGACUUUGAGGCUGGGUUUGGAGGAUGUGAGGUGGUUUGUGAUGGGGGAUGAUGACACUGUUUUUGUUCCUGACAAUUUGGUCAGAGUUCUACAGAAAUACGAUCAUAAUCACUACUAUUAUAUUGGUAGCACGUCCGAGAGUCAUCUGCAGAACAUACAUUUUUCGUACAAUAUGGCGUAUGGCGGUGGAGGGUUUGCUAUUAGUUAUGGGUUAGCAAAGGCGCUUGAAAAAAUGCAGGAUAGGUGUAUACAAAGAUACCCGGGUUUGUACGGAUCGGAUGAUCGGAUUCAGGCUUGCAUAGCGGAGCUUGGUGUUCCUCUCACCAAGGAACAAGGAUUUCACCAGUUUGAUGUAUACGGCAACAUAUUCGGACUCCUUGCGGCGCACCCAAUUGCCCCAUUGGUGUCACUCCACCACCUAGACGUGAUUGAGCCGAUAUUCCCUCAUAUGGACCGAUUCCGAGCCCUCCAACGCCUGACGCUCCCCAUGAAGCUAGACUCAGCGGGGCUCAUGCAACAAUCCAUUUGCUACGACAAGACUCGGAGAUGGACAGUAUCUGUGUCAUGGGGCUACGCAAUUCAGAUAUUUCGGGGCAUUUUGACAGCUCGAGAGCUAGAGAUUCCAGCCAGAACCUUUUACAAUUGGUACCCCAAAGCUGACUACAAAGGCUUUGCCUUUAACACUCGUCCCCUAGGCAAGAGCCCCUGUCAAUACCCCUUUGUGUAUUACAUUUCCAACGCUGCCACUACUACCACAUCAUGUGAUGAUGAUGCACAAAAUAAUCAAACAAUAUUUAGCGUCUAUUCCCUUCAUCAAAGUCCACAUCCACACUGUAAUUGGAAAAUGGAGGACCCUUCUCGGAUUGAUAAAGUGGAGGUCUACAAGAAGCCCAACCCAUAUAUAUGGGAGAAGUCUCCAAGAAGAAACUGCUGCAGGAUCUUGCCGACUCAGGACAAUGGCACAAUGGUUAUUGACGUGGGAGAAUGCAGUGAGGAUGAAAUUAUUGAAUUUCGCUGA